AUGGCGUCUGUUGCGUCCAAUGUCGUCUUCGAUGAUAUAUUCACCAUAAGUUCUAUAGACAAGGAGGGGAAAAAAUUCGACAGAGUGUCGCGCCUUCAGGCUCACUCCAAAAACUACGAUAUGGAUAUGACUCUCGACUACAACAUCGAGCUCUUUCCCCUAGAGACGGGCCAGCAUUUUGCUCUCGCCCUCGCUUCGUCACUUGCCCGCGGGGGCCAGAGAACCAACACAACUGAUGGUGUUGCAGAGGAGGAAGAGCAUGUUUGGAGGCCGGAUGGCAAAGGUCAGAGGGGAUUGGAGGAAGACUACGACUAUGUGAUGUAUGGAAAGGUGUAUAAAUUCGAUGGCGGAACUGCUGAAAUUGUAACGGCAUACGCUUCAUUCGGGGGCCUCUUGAUGUCGUUAACAGGCUCGUUUCGACAUAUGACAAGCAUUGUCCUCGGAGAUCCCAUCUAUCUCUUAAUGCGACUGUAG